ACGUAUUUUCCGCGGAGAAUAUUAUUUUUUAUUUUUCACCUUAUAACUCUUAUACAACGACCUUCGCGUUUCUCUUCAUUCUCGCGCGUUAUAGAUUAUUAAUUAGGAUGAUAACAACGCAUUAGGUUGUCAAACCAACGUUGGUCGGUUGAAGAAACAGUAUCACUUGGUCCGUAGUGGAAAUGACAACUAAAAACGUAAUUUUACAUUUCCGAAUACACAAGCAUUUGUUGCCAAUUUAAUUGCAAUUAUCUUGCUCUAUGGACUGUAAUUAUAUACCCUAUUGAAAGUAAUAUUUGAAAUAAAAAUCACAUUUGCAGUUUGCCCAGGAAAAAGUAAAUGUUAAAUUCUAUACAGCAACUUAUGAACAGAAACUCAUAAUUAAAAAUUGUCAAUUACACACUAUUGCUACGGUCAAUAUUAUCGGUAACAAUAGUCAAUUACUUAUACAUAUACUUUCUCUUAUAUACUGCCUCUCUUAAAGUAUUGUACCGAUAUAUUAUAUAUACUUUCUCUUUCUGAAUGCCUCGAAUGUAUCGUGUAAAAUAAUAUUUAGUGGCGGUUACGUAAUUUAAUUCGUUUUUCAUAACAAACCAUUUUAAAUAUAAGUUUAGUAUAUUGGGGGAUCUUUUGCUCAUACCAUGAUAGGCUACAGGAUAGGAUUUGCUUUGUCAAUAUUCAUAUCGUAUAUAUAACGCUACUAACGACUGUUACCGUUUUUAUAUUGUAGUCGUCCAAAAGAAUAUUUCAGAUUUAUGAUCGUUUUGUUUGCUCUGCGAAUUAAUCUCGGCUUGUCAGCAUUAGCGAAAUGUUAGGAUAAUUAUUUGUUUUGCCUGAAAUAAGCGUGAAAUAUUUUUGUCAGAAAUGGAGGUGAAAUUUCUACGACUACUCAUCAGCAUUUCCACAAUAUUUAUUGUGACUGAUCUUUUGCUUUCUCACGAGCACAUCAGCAACAAUUGCUCGCUCACUAGGAAGUUAUCUACCAAUGUGAUACCGAUAACGUAUAUCGUGAAUCUUGUAAUACUGCCGCAUCAUCAAGUUAUACAUGGCUCAACCGAUAUCACAAUUGAGGUCAAAGAACCUACGACAGAUAUAACUCUGAACGCGCGUGAUAUAGAUGUGGACUUUCACUGCACAGUAAUUAUGAAGCCGGAUCAACCGCCGGGAUGUUUUGAAACAGAAACAAUUGCUUACGCUUUGUAUAAAAUAGUGUAUUGUCCCAAAGAUGAAAUUUUAACUCUGAGCUUUUCCGAAUUCAUAGAGCCUGGAGUACAUGUCUUACAUAUACAACACGAUUCUCGGUUCAAUGAUAGUUUAAACAAGAUUAGUUUUCCAUAUUUUUUUGAUGGAUAUGAAAAAAGGUGGUUAAUCACGAAUAUAUACGAUCCAAACUCAACACGAGCGCUGUUUCCAUGUUGGGAUGAUCCGAAUGUACAAUCACAUUUCGAAAUUAUAAUCAAACACGAAAGAUUAUUCACAUUGUUUCUUUCUGUGCCCGUAAGAUACGAUCUUUACAGAGAAGAUGACAAGAAAUCGACGUAUUUCAUAAAAAUACACCCGAUAUCCACUUAUCACUUAGCGUUUAUGAUGGUCCGUGGUCUCGAAAACAAUUUCGAAAAGCGUAAUAUAAGCCGCUUAUGGCAUGAACCAUAUAAGAAUAAAUUAUUCAAAUACGCACACAAAAUAAUACGUCUAAUUACGUCAAAUUUUGAGAAUAACAUGAACGUCAUUUUAUCGAAAGAGAUAAUAAAAAUUGACUAUAUCGUCCUUCCGAAAAGUCCAAUGAAAGCCGCGGGAAAACUUGGACUUGUCCUCUAUAGGGAAGAAGAUAUUAAUUUCGAUGGAAAUUUAGAAUUUCGUAUUACACAUUUAGAUUAUGAUGGUCGAAAAAUUAAUAUUGCAAAGUUGGUAUCAUACGAGGUAGCACGUCAAUUGUUUCUUGGUUAUAUCAAGGAUAUAAGCCACAACUUAUGGAUAAAGGAGAUGCUCGCAUCAUACUAUAGUUUCUCUGCUCUAGACGAGAUAUGGCCAAAAGCAAGAGCAAUGGAUUUGUUCGUAGUCCAAAAUCUACAGACUGCAUUAGAUAGCGACAUUUAUUUAGAAUCGAAACCUAUUUUUCAUAAAGCCAAAGGCGAUAGUGGAAUCAAUGAGUUACUUUAUUCUCUCCUGUAUCAUAAGAAAGCAUUCGUUCUAAUGCGUAUGUUAUAUCAUCUUCUCACUCCACACUAUUUUCUUGAGGCCAUGAAGGAAUAUGUACAAUCACGUAGUGACUUCUGGACAGCCUUCUGGAGAAUAUAUAUUCAAAAAGACAAUAAGGAAUAUAUACAUAUAAAAGAAAUAAUGGACUCAUGGUUAACGAAUAAACAUCAUCCAGAAAUGCACUUUUAUCGUGACUAUGAUAAGAAAACAGUGGAGCUCAGUGUAAAUUGUUCUUACAAAGUCUGCAAAUUUCAGAUACCUUUUACUUAUAUUACAGGGACGACUAUAACAUCCUACGAAACUUCAAAUGUUACUUGGUAUGAUGAAAGUGAGAGAAAAUUACUUCUUGACAUUGAGUCAAAUUCUUUUCUCUUAGUCAAUAUGGAACAAGUUGGUUACUAUCGAGUGAAUUACGACCGCAGAAAUUGGGUAGUACUUUCCACUUAUCUAGCGACGAAUAUUCAACCACGCAUACCUGUUCUCAAUCGAGCGCAGAUUGUCAACGAUGCAUUUUACUUUACAACAGCUGGGAAUAUAGGACCUGAAGUCUUCUUCCAUAUCAUAAAAUUUCUAGAAACUGAGACUGAUUACAUACCAUGGUAUCCUAUGUUUAAUGUUUUCUCAUAUAUGUCAACUUAUUUGACGUCUCCAUUAAGCAAUGUCACAAAGACAAACUUUUUAUUUUACGUAAAUUCACUUAUUAGUAACAUAGGAUACGAUGAACAGGUGGGCGAAGAUGAAAUGACAAAAGCGUUAAGAUUAUUAGCAAUAAGAUGGUCCUGCAAACUGGGUUACGCAGAUUGCAAGAGCACCAUGAGGGACAAAUUGAAAUAUUUAAUUAAACCCAAAUCGAAAUCAAUCACGGUACCGCGGACGACAGAUUGGCUAUACUGCAUAGGGAUGAUGGAUGUUACCAUGAAUUAUUGGAAUACGACUAAGAACAAUGGAAUUAAAGCCAAAAAUACGCAAAUUUACAAACUCUUGUCUUGUGCAGAACGUAAAGCAAUAAUUCUAAAUUAUUUAGACUCGAUAUUAAAUAGUGAUGCAGCACGACUAGGAAUGGUAAAAGAAACAUGGCAAAACAUGGCAAAAGAAUAUCUUUUUAUGAUAAAGAAACAUGUGAAAAAGAAUGCUGUGUUGAAAUAUGUGUUACAAAAUUAUAAAAAAGCUGUGAUCAGAUUUCCAGAAGAUUUUAAAGAUAACGUUCUAAUGGCACAUAUUAUAAUGAGUACGAAUACUCAUGAACAACUCGACAAGGUAAUCAAACAGUUGAGUGCGUUUUUAGAUAACCAGAAUGAACGGGACACGUUUAACACCUUGAUUACAUAUCGAAGGACACAAAUAAGAAAUAUGCUAGAAAAGUUUCAAAUGUUUGAAAACAAUAGAGUAAUUUCGUUUGUUAAAUAUCGUUAGAUAAAUUGAUAUUGCAA